AUUAGAAGCGCUGCAACGAAUUGGCUGUACAUAUAAAGAAGAUUCAAGCGCUUCUUGUGUCAGUUUGCUACUGUGCAGCAUCAAUUCUCGACACUUUGCUUAUACUUAAAACUUGAAAAUGAAAAGCAUACUUUUCAUCUUUGCUAUCGUCUGUGUCGUUGGAGUCUUUUCGGACGACGACAAAAAGGAUCUUACCCGUGAACAAAUUCUAGAAUGCGUGGCGGAGUCAGGAGUCGAUGAGACGAAAGUAGAAGACAUAAAGCUUGGCAAUCAGGGAUUAGAAACGACCCGGGAAAUCGAUUGCUUUGCAGCAUGUGUUUUCAAAAAACAAGGCAUCAUGAAUGAGGCAGGUGUAAUUACUCCGGAUAAGCCAAUGGACAAUGAAGCAGCCAAACAAUGUGUAGCUACGACUGGUGCUGAUGCCUGUGACACAGCCGGUAAAGUGCUCAAAUGCUUCAUUUCUAAUAAUUUGGUCUCCCUCAUGGACCUGGACGACGACUAAAAAUGUUUACAACUAAUUACACACUAGACAUUUAUUCAAAAUAAAAAUUAAAAAAGUAAUGUAUUUCUAACUUUCCGUGACCUAUAGAAUAAUAAUUAUAUACUUUUACAAAAAUUUUAAUUCAUUAUACAACAACGCCACUAAUAAGAGAUGAAAAAAUCAGUGUUAAAAAAUAA